ACCGGGCCAGGGUCGGAAGCCGAGCCGCCUUCCCGGCAAUUAGCAGGUUGGGCCCACCUCGAUGUAGGAGGCGCGGAGAAUCGUAGGGAUGGUCUCCGUUGAAGAGGCGUGAACUUUACCGCGUUUGCACGUCGUUUUUAUAUGUUUUCCUCGGAGAAGCGUCAAUGCGUACUUGAAGGUGAGUGUUAAGGCGGUGUCCAGAUACCGUGACUGUCGCCGUUCUGCUCUUUCACCCCCGUCGAAAGUUUCUUGUGAGGAGCCAAGCCAAACCCUAGCCUGCCAUUGGAAAUCUUUUUGAGCCGCUUGAGACCUAGCUGGUGGACCGUGAAUUGUGAGGUAAAAGUACACACUGGGAGGAGUUGGUGGAUCAUAAUUUCCACAUUUUGUGUUGAGCAGCUGAGGAUUUGCAGUCAGGAUGACUAAUCCGGCUGGAAAAGAUGAUUCAGAGCGAGAAAGGGCAGAGACCUCAGACGCUGGGUAUAUUAAUGCUGAAGUAGAACCUGAGAGCUUCCCAUCUCUGACAACUGAAUCUGUGGGCGUGGAUGCCGCUCAAUUGGCUGGCAUAUCCAAUAACGUUGGGAGUUCUGUUGCUGAAGAUGCAACCCAAGAGAUACCCAUGGACAUUGAUAUGCCAUCAGAAUCAACAGUGACUGUUGCUGCCCUGUCUGGUUCUGUUAAUCCGUUGGAGACUGUUUCCGCGCAAAAAGCUGUCGCUGAUACCAAGAAUGAGAAAGAAAAUGAAUUGCUCAACGAACAGAAAGGGGAUGGCGACAGGCAAUUCGAGACAUAUGUAAGUGCUGAUGAAAACAACCAUCACACUGAAGCCCUCUUGUCAGUGAAUCCGGAAGGAUUUGGAGGAGGCAAGCCUACUCAAGCCGAUGGUUUUAACCAAUCCUUUUCCUUUGAUCCAAAUUAUGGCGAUGGAGGUGAUUCUGGAGCGGAGGAAGAACAAGUUGCCUUUAUGAAGGAGCUGGAGAAUUUCUUCAAGGAGAGGAGCUGGGAGUUUAAGCCUCCUAAGUUCUAUGGGGAGGGAUUAAAUUGCUUGAAAUUGUGGAGAACUGUUACUAGGCUGGGUGGUUAUGAUCAGGUAACUUCUUGCAAGCUAUGGCGCCAAGUGGGGGAGUCUUUUAAGCCACCCAAGACUUGUACAACUGUCUCCUGGUCAUUUCGUUGUUUCUAUGAGAAGGCCCUCCUUGAAUAUGAGAAACAUAAAGUCCGUACAGGUGAACUUCAUGUACCCAUAUCCUCCUUUCCAGAGCCUACGACUGUGGACAAUCAGGGUGGUGGAAAUCAAGCAUCUGGCCCAGGAAGAGCCAGAAGGGAUGCUGCAGCACGUGCCAUGCAGGGCUGGCACUCCCAAAGGAUGCUUGGUAAUGGUGAAGUCGGGGAUCCGGUUAUAAAGGAUAAGGUUCCGAUUUCUCUUAUCAAGAGAGAGAAAAAUCUCAAGUCCACUGCUGCUUUCAAGAGGAAAAAAUCAUCAAGCAUGGAGAGGGCGGCUAAAGUUGCACAUUCAAAACUUGGCAAGCCACAAGCGGAUUUAAUGGUCGUUGAUGUUGGAUCUCCAGCUGAUUGGGUGAAAAUAAAUGUGCGAACAAUGAAAGAUUGCUUUGAAGUCUAUGCCUUAGUUCCUGGUCUUUUGCGUGAAGAGGUUCAUGUUCAGUCAGACCCGGCAGGCCGUUUGAUCAUAUCGGGUGAACCUGAGCAGCCUGAUAACCCUUGGGGCGUUACACCUUUUAAAAAAGUGAUCACAUUACCUUCACGGAUUGAUCCUCAUCAGACUUCAGCUGUGGUUACAUUGCAUGGCCAGUUGUUUGUGCGGGCUCCUUUUGAGCAGGUUGAUUUAUAGUUGGUCGGAUAGAUCUUUCCAUUUCUCCACAAUGGAGAGAUUUUGGCACCAUCUUGCUGGCGCUUAAUGUUUAUUUCCUAGGUUAUAGAAUAUAAUCUGGGGCGACUGUCUGGCAAACUGCUCCAGAAGGACUUUGCAGAGAGCUGGAGCUUUACCUGAUGCUUAGAGUUCCUUACAAAUUGGACAGCCCAAAAAAGCAUACACCUGGGAGUUGACCGUUGAGACAAAACAGAAAACUGAUGAAUCAGGACUUUCUUUGCACCAACAUUGUAAAAACCUCCUAGCUUCUUCUCUGGAUACCUAAAUUAUUAUUAGAUGUUCAGUUA